AUGACAUUUGAGCAGUUGACCUCUGUUCGACAUGAUGGCAUUGUAGAUGAAGGAAUUGUUUUCCGUGCUUUAUGGCAACGUGAAGCAUUGGAAAGAGUAUUGUUCCCUCUGACUUUGCAUGAUGAUGACGGAUACGAUGAAUCAUCGAUGACUGACGACGAACGUACUGCAGCCUUGAAUGAGUAUUUUGAUGUGGAUGAUACAGAUGCCCAAGAAAGACGACGCCGUUUAUUAUUGGGUACACCACGCUUUCGCUUUAGAUCUUCUAUAUUCAUCAAUCCGCCCUCAGAAGAGAAUGGUUGGGAAUGCGAGGAAAAAGAGGUGACGACAGAUGUGGAUAUGCAUGCGUUUGACGAUGACAAUGACAGUAAUAGUUCGCUCUGGAAAAACUUCUAUUCGAAAUCAGAAACUAUUUUGGGUACUUCUUAUCGAGUUCAAAUUGAAGCCCAAGUCAUGCCUCGGCAUCGAUUGCAUAUUAACGAUGAUCUGAAUAAAGAUGAUGAUGAGGAAGAAGAUGAUGUUCAAUAUUAUGCAGACAAUAAGGGCAAAAUUCAUUAUUGGAUCUAUUGUUUGAAUCGUCAUGAAGGGAUUUUGGAAAAUGACCGUAUUGACCCAGAAGACCGCGUUUUAGUAGCUGUGACAGAACAGUGUGAAAGGGAAAAUGGUGAACCUGGAGAGAUGGGACCUGGAUAUGUAGGACAAGUAUUGGUGGAUGCAGAUCUAAAGGAAGGUGUAACCGUUGAUGUCACUGUUGCUUUGGAAAUAUUUGGCUUUCAAAAAGUCUAG